AUGAAACAUCUUUCGAUUGUUUCUAACGAUCGAUCAAUUGUUUUGUCAAUAUCCAUUAUGAUUAUAUUCACUACAUUACUUGGUCUAGUACGAUGUCAAGAUUUUCGAUCACCAUACGGUACACUUGCUGAUUGUGAUAAUCGAGCAGUACAUAAUUGUUCAGACGAACAACGCCUAUUAUAUUUCUUAAUGAAAAAUUACUCAAACAGUGUCCGACCAGUACGAAAUGCCAGCUUACCAGUACCGGUUAAGCUUGGUUUAACAUUAACACAAGUAUUUGAUAUGAUAGAAAAAAAUCAAAUUUUGAUCACAAAUGUAUGGCUAGAUCAAGAAUGGUAUGAUGAAUUUCUACAAUGGGAUCCAGCUGAUUUCAACGGGAUUCAUCGUCUUAAUCUUCCGUCCAAACUCAUUUGGUUACCAGAUAUUGUUCUUUAUAAUAAUGCCGACGAAUUUUCUAAUAGUAAUAUAAUGCAAGUAAAUGCGAUGAUUAUUCAUAAUGGCAACGUGUUUUGGCCAAUACCAACACGAUUGAAAAGUACAUGUCAAAUUGAUGUUACAUAUUUUCCCUAUGAUGAACAAGAAUGUAAACUUAAAUUUGGUAGUUGGACUUAUAAUGGAUAUCAAGUUUCAAUUGCAGAACGUAAUGACGCUAUUGAAUUAUCUAGUUACGUUCCAAAUGGCGAAUGGGAUUUAUUAGAUACAUCAUAUCAAGUUAAUAUUGUUCGAUAUCCAUGUUGUCCCGAACCAUUUCCAGAUAUAACAUUUUAUGUUCGCAUUCGACGACGUAUUUUAUAUUAUUUAUAUUCAGUUGUUUUUCCAUGUGUGAUGUUAUCAAUACUAACUUUACUUGUAUUUUGUUUACCACCCGAAUCUGGCGAAAAAAUUGCUCUUGGCAUAACCGUUUUACUUGCGUUUAGUGUUUUUAUGUUAGCUAUUGCUGAAAAUAUGCCGGAAACAAGUGAAUAUAUUCCACUAAUCAGUUUAUAUUUAACUGCAGUUAUGGCUAUGACAAGUGUAUCAGUAAUGAUGACCGUGUUCGUUCUUAAUCUUCAUUAUCGUGGUCCGAAAAAAAAUGAAAUACCUUUUUGGCUUCAACAGUUAUUAGGUUUAUCAGUUACUAAUAUUUUUCGUACGAUGAAGAAACGUAAAAAAUUCAGAUUUUCAUUUCGAAAUAAAGAGAAAAGAUUAAAUAAAAUUAAUGUUCAAGAUACAAAGCAAAAUCAACAAACAACACCUCGCAUGUCUACUAAUGGCCUAUUAUUGUCUUAUACCAAUGUCAAUGAAACGAAAAUAAAAUCCAGGGUAACAACAAAUGUAAAUUUGAUGCAAAUACAAAAUACGAGUUGUCAAGAACAAAAUCAAACGAAAAAAACAAAUCGUAAACAUUUACAGAGUGAAGACAUUCCAAUGAUUAAUCGGUCAAUGUCUCGUUCAAGUUCAGUAGAAUCGAUUCAUGAUGAAAUUCAAGAUACAUUACAUAAUUUAUUACUUAAACAAAAAGAACUUGAACAUGAUCAAAAAGUAACAAGCGAUUGGCGUGCAUUGGCGACUAAAAUUGAUAAAUUUUUAUUUUAUGUUUUUCUUUUAUUAACAAUAAUAUCAACUUUAGGACUUCUUGUUGUAGCGCCAUUAUUUCGAAAUAAUGCACAACGAAAAAUCAAACUUUGGCAUGGAUCACGUCGACUUUAA